AUGUCAACAUUCACUAGAUAUGCAAGCCCGAAUGAGCGGCGAACAAUCAGUCGGGAAGACGUCGGCUUCUACCAUGCUUUGGUGAUUGGAGCUAUUUAUGAGAUUCCAAGUGGUGGGAUAGAUGUCCACUCAUCUCGCUCAUUCGUCGCGCCUCUCACAAGCUGCCUCCAAGAAUAUCCUUAUCUCGGCGUGGUUAUCAAAGAUGGAGAUACCGAGCAAUCUUUCUACGAAGCAACUUCGAGCGUCAAUCUCGAGAACCAUAUUUCCAUUCUUCAGCAAGCGCCUAGUGGUGAGGAACAGAAUUCCAGUAUUCAGCAAUGUCUACCGCAAAUUCUCGACAGGCCUUGGUCAGCUGGCCUACCACCUUGGCGAAUCGUUGUGCUCCCGCUUGCAUCGGAAGACCCAAAAUUAACACGCUGUUUCAUCGCGUUGUCAUUUUCACAUGCCCUCGGCGAUGGCAUGGUGGGAGUUUUUUUCCACCGUACUUUUUUGAACGCACUUCGACAACCUUCUGAUGCCGAAGAGUUGUCCUUCAUGGUAACGACACCCAAAGCGGCACUCUCCGAGCCUUUCGACACCCCCGAGCGGCUUCCCAUCUCAUGGGGCUUUCUCCUUGGGCCAUUGAUUGGAGCAUAUCUACCAAAGUUUCUUGGUAAACUGCUAGGUUUCCGGGCUUCCGCUAGCACGGUAGAUGCAGGUACUUGGAUUGGAUCACCUAUGUUCUUUGAUCCGACCGCUGCCGAAACCAGCAGGGUGAACCUUCUCGAGAUUGAAGCUCCACUAGUUCAAAACGCCCUACAAGUCUCAAGGAGCCAUGACACCAAGCUUACUGGAACUAUGCAUCAAAUGAUUAUUCGAGCUUUGAGCAAGGCCGUUCCAGACGACAAUAUCACCAACUUCGUCUCAGGCACGCCGGUCGAUAUGAGGGCUUCUGUCGGUACGCCCGCUCUCACAUGGGGUCUGUUCGUGUCUGGAUAUUAUGAGAUGCAUCCUCGCUGCUCUGAUGCAACAGAGCCGGUACUGUCGGAAGAGUCUUGGACAGCUGCUAGCUCGAUGACAAAGGCGAUUUCGGCUUGCGCUGCGACCCUUCAAGACCAAGCAAUUGGCUUGUUGAGAUAUGUUCCUGGAAUCAGAAAGUGGACAUUGAGUAAAAUUGGCCAGCAGCGGGAUUCUUCGUACGAGCUGAGCAAUUUGCUUGCUUUCGAUAACCAGGAUGGCGAGAAGCAAGAAUGCAGAGUUGCAAAGAUGGUGUUCUCGCAGCCUGGUAACGUUACCAGCGCGCCGCUUGUGUUCAAUGUUAUCAGUGUGAAGGGGGGGAGUUUGAUGUGUACGGUGAGUUGGCAGGCUGGGGCUUUGGGAGUCCCCCUGGACGAAGAGCGGUCGUUUGUGGAUGGCAUAUGCCUGUCAAUCCGGACCGACUUUGAGGCUUUGACGAAAUAG